GGACAAUCGCAGCCAUGAAGUGGAUGGAGAGCAUCAACAAGAAGGUCGCCACCAGUCCGGUUGGCUGGUGGUUCCGGUUGGACGGCUCUGGCCAUCCCAAGGAGCGCAAGGGUUCGCUCUUCUUCACCGAGAUUCGCGGCGGCCUGGCCACCUUCUUCGCCAUGGCCUACAUCAUCGCCGUCAACUCGUCCAUCGUCGCCGACUCGGGCGGUACCUGCGUCUGCAACGGCGGCGCCGAUGAUCCCAUCUGCAACAACAACGUCGAGUACAGCUUGUGCGUCCAGGCCAUCAAGCGCGAUGCCGUCACCGCAACUGCCGCCAUCUCUGCCCUGUCCACCUUCUUCAUGGGCCUCUUGGCCAAUCUCCCCGUCGGCCUCGCUCCUGGCAUGGGUUUGAAUGCCUACUUUGCUUAUACUGUCGUUGGCUUCCACGGAUCCGGUCCUGUUCCUUACCGAGUGGCCCUGACUGCCAUCUUCGUCGAGGGCUUCAUCUUCCUGGGCCUGACCAUCUUUGGCAUGCGACAAUGGCUUGCUCGAGCGAUCCCCCACUCCAUCAAGGUUGCGACGGGCGUGGGCAUUGGUCUCUUCCUGACGCUCAUCGGCUUCACAUACAGCGAGGGUCUCGGCAUCAUCACCGGUGCCACCGACACCCCCCUGGCCCUUGCCGGAUGCUCGCCCGGUAACCUGCUUGAGGACGGCACAUGCCCCAGCUGGGACAAGAUGCGCCAUCCGGCCAUGUGGAUCGGCAUCUUCUGCGGCGGCAUCUUCACCGUGCUCCUCAUGAUUUAUCGUGUCAAGGGCGCCGUUAUUGCCGGCAUCAUCCUCGUCAGCAUCAUCUCCUGGCCUCGAACCACGCCCAUCACCUACUUCCCCCACACCGCCGUUGGCGACGACUCGUUCAACUUCUUCAAGAAGGUUGUCGACUUCCACCGCAUCCAGAACACUCUCAACGUGCAGGAGUGGAACGUGAGCGAGUACGGUGGCCAGUUUGGCCUUGCUCUCAUCACCUUUUUGUACACCGAUAUCCUCGACUGUACCGGAACGCUUUACGGUAUGGCCCGUUUCGCCAACCUCAUCGACCCCGUGACCCAGGACUUUGAGGGCUCCGCCGUGGCCUACAUGGUCGACGCCAUCAGCAUCUCCAUCGGCGCUCUCUUCGGUGUUCCGCCCGUCACGGCCUUUGUCGAGUCUGGUGCUGGCAUUUCCGAAGGUGGCAAGACUGGCCUCACGUCCGUCGUGACGGGCCUCUGCUUCUUCAUCAGCGUCUUCUUCGCCCCCAUCUUCGCCUCCAUCCCGCCGUGGGCCACUGGCAGUGUCCUGAUCCUCGUCGGAUCCAUGAUGGCCACGUCCGUCACCGAGAUCAACUGGAAGUACAUGGGCGAUGCCGUCCCCGCCUUCCUCGCCAUCGCCGUCAUGCCCUUUACGUACUCGAUUGCCAACGGCCUGAUUGCCGGCGUCAUGUCGUACAUCAUCAUCAACUCCACCGUGGGGAUCAUUAACUUUGUCUCUCGCGGCCGCAUCGUGCCUCCCAACCAUGCCGAUAAGGAGCCCUGGACGUACCGCAUUCCCGGCGGCUUCUUCCCUCCCUGGCUGGUUCGCUUGUCCCACGGCAAGAAGGACUUUUGGCAAGAGGACAACACUGUUGUCGAAGAGCAUGUGUUGCAUAAGGAGCAAGACGCCAACUCGGAAGACCAUGGCAACGCCGACGUCAGCCGUACCUCUGAGACGGCCGAAGUCAAGUUGUAA